AUGCAGUUCACUACCGCUCUCGUUUCGAUCUUGGCCACUGCCGUCAUCGCCAUUCCUACCGGCAACACUGGCGGCGGCUCUGCUCCCUAUGUUGCUUGCUCUGGUCUCUACAGCAGCCUUCAGUGCUGUGCCACCGAUGUUCUGGGAGCUGCUGAUCUUGACUGUCAUUCUCCUACGAACGUGCCGACUUCGGCCAGCAAUUUCAGAAGCAUCUGUGCCAAUGUUGGUCAGCGUGCCCGCUGCUGUGUCAUUUCCGUUCUCGGCCAGGCUGUCCUUUGCCAGACUCCCGUUGGUGUUUAG